AUGUACAGAAUGAGUCAAAGCAUGACGGAGACUCAGAAGGAGCGCGCGGAUGGAGCGCCCGGAUGGGAGUUGCGAGCUGACGGGAGAAUUUUUGCGUGCUUGCUAGUGCACCCCCCGGGUGCGACGAGCUGCGAGAACGAAUAUGCUUCGAAGCAAGGGCUUGAGAUGCAUCGCAGGCGGAUGGCCGUGCAAGAGCCCAGCCUGCCAAGCCGACGGACCGUCUCGAGAUUUUUUGGGCUCGACGAGCAGGAAGCGAAGCUGCUGAAGGCGAGCCGCAACGACUCGUACGUCGCGAACUACCGCCGCACUGCAAAGGGGAGGCUCGCAACAUUUCGUGCGAGUCAUUCGAAAGAGCUGCAGCUGCGUGCAAUGGAAGCUCUGCCGUAUCCAGAGCCACUCCCGCCGCCCGCCUAUCUGCCUCCCCCCAUCUCCUGGCUCCUGAGCAAGAGGCCGAUUCCUGCGGAGGGCUUGACGGACCUCUUCGCGAGCACCGCAGGCGGACUCAAGAUCGACCAUCGGACUUGGAGUCUUCAAUAUCACCCCGAUCACGUGCAGGUCAAGAACCCAACCGCCAUCGAGGCCUUUGAGAAGCAUCACGGCUACUUCAUGGAUGACGAGCUUCAGGGGCUCGACUCAUCGGCGCGUGCUCAGAAGGUCCUCUCGAUCUACUCGACCAUGCUCUUUGCGCCCCUCAACGAGCACCGCUUCGGCCCCGGCACCGUGGCGCAAAAGCUCGGCGUUUUCGAGUGGAGGUGGUGGCUGAGAGGGGAGUCCGAUUUGAUCCGGGAUUAUCACACGUAUUUGCAUCAAAUCGGUGCGCACGAUGCUGCUGCAAAAGCGGCCAGAGCAGCUGUGAAUGCGGCGCGCGAGCGGUGGUUUGAGAGGGAGAUCGAUAUCAAGUUCAAAUGUUC